UAUGAAACAACUGCAUCGUUGAUCACAUACUUGAUCUGCAAUCUGUCAAUACAUGUGACUGUCAGCAAAAACUGUACGAAGAGUUUACGAAAUUUGAUGGUAAGUAUGAUUACGAAAGUAUAGCCCAAAUGCCAUAUCUGGAGGCCUGUGUGUCCGAGACUUUACGUCUUCAUAAUCCUGUGUCUGCCGUCGGAAGAAUUGCAGCUCAAGACUAUACUAUAGGUGACACCGGUAUAACAUUACCCAAAGGAAUGUUAGUCAACUUUUCCAUACAAUCUAUGCACCGAAAUCCCGACUACUAUCCCGAACCCGAUCGUUGGAAUCCCGAACGGUUUAUGCCCUACAAUCGGGAUAAGUUAGUUCCCUAUACUUAUAUGCCGUUUGGUUUGGGUCCCAGAAAUUGUGUGGGAAUAAGGUUUGCAUUGAUGGAAGCAAAGACAGUCGUCGUCUCUUUGGUCAAUAGAUUUAAGUUCAUACGAACCCCGAAAACUACAGUUCCUUUAGUUCAGACAAAAUUUCAGUUUCUUUAUAAUACCGGCGAUGUCUAUGUAGGCGUUGAACGAAGAAAAUAA